CCUCUUACGUCGGCAGCCUCGCCGUUUAUAAGGAGCCGGGAGUUUCCAGUCUCUUAGUUCGCGACGCCGCUGAACAAUGAGUAACAUGUGUGAAAGGCCUUGCGUUCAAGAGAAGAGUCGGAGACAGUCCAGAAAGGGCAGCCACAAGCGGAAGAAGAUUUAUAGAGACACACGUACCCCGCCAACGCACCAGCAGACGUGAUCACUGGGGUAAUCUGUGCAGGGGCACAGCGGCAUGAGUUCACCAUCCAUGGCUUCCUUGCCUUGGCCAGGAGAAUUUGGUGUGGCUGAACUUGAUGCCUGGUAUGAAGACCUUCAAGACAUCCUUUGUUCGGAUGGAGGAGACUGGAAGUGUGAGCAGGUGCAGGACCCCACGCAGGCAGAGGCUGGGUUCCUGGAUGACCUGGAGAGCUGCUCUCUUGCGUGGUUCAGUGGCGUCACCGAGUCGCAGCUGGUGGCCGAGCUGUCUGCCCCUAUUCCAUCUGACGUUUACGAGGGUGCGGACAUCACAGAGCUGUUGGACAAUCGAGAGCGGGACAGCAGUAACUCUUCAGUGUCUGACACAACUGACCAACAGCGGGCACUCCCUGAGAUCUCUGUAACCCUGGGGACAAAACGCAAGAGGGAGAGCAGCGGUGGCGCUGGUGGCAACAAGAAGAGUCGAAAGGAGCAGGACCUCGAGAACGAGAAGGUGGUGACGGAGCUGAUGGAGCAGAAUGAGCGGCUCAAACAGGAAAUUGAGCGACUCACGGAAGAGGUCAGGAGGACCAGGGAGGCACUGAUUGACAAGUUGGUUAGCAGCAGAGCUCCGUGAUGGGCAACUGGAGGUGGGUGAUGGACUUGUCUUGGCAAGCUGAGUGUUUAAGCUCUCCUGGCAGAGGGCAAUGUGGGCAAGAGACAGGUGGGCAUAGCCCUUGACAAGCAGGGGGGCAAUCCUGUGUUGUACCAGCUGCUUCUUAUGUCUACAGUUUGGACCUAAUUUGCAUGUGUGCUUUCUUUUUAUAUUGUAGAAACAU